CCAGCUUGUCCGAGUCUUGCUAUGCAGUCUGUCGGGGCCAGCCUCCGCUCUGCGAGCAGAGCGGCCUGCCUUAAUGUGCCCGCUCACACCGUCGCUUCAAGUUCGCGAGUGUUCCAGCUUCAGGGCGUCCAGCGCCGCAAUGUUUCGCUCCGCCUGCCAAACUUCAAAGGGCCGGUGACAUGGCUCCGCGAAUCCCUCGCGCCGAACGUGCGCCAGCAAAAUACGCAGGAAGAGAUCGACGCGGCGCGGAAGCAGGCUGCGGACAAGGGCCAGCUGAGUGUCUUUGACUCCGUGCCCACAGUCGGGGAGGGCGAAGGUGCCGCGGAAGAGGUGCCUGCGUGGAAGAAGAAGACCUACACGGAGCACAAGUACUCCACGGGGAACUUCAAGAUCUCGCACCGCAAGCUGAACAUGAUCGGCCGCCAAAUCGCGGGCAAGCCCGUGGACUCGGCCAUCCUGCAGAUGAUGUUCAGCGAGAAGCGCGCGAGUAAGCGCAUCAAGAGCAUGCUGGUGGUCGCCAAGUCGCACGCCGUGAAGCUCAAGAGUCUUGAUGAGGGGAAGCUCGUCGUUGCCGAGUCCUGGGUGACGAAGGGGCCCCAUCAGUUCAAGCGGUACGAUAUCAAGGGUCGCGGCAGGGCUGGUGUCAAAACCCAUCCCCACGCGCGGCUGCACGUAGUGCUGAAGGAGGGCAAGACGCGGGCUGAGCUGCGGGACGAGGAGCGCGCGAGGAAGUUGAGGCGGAUCGUGUCGGCGGGUUAUGUCCGGGAGGACGUUCCCCUCCGCAACCCUGGGCCCGCCUGGGCGUGGUAGAGGCUUAUGCCUGGUUUUUGCGUAUAGUAUUACUCGAAUGCUAAUUGAGAUUCCUGGAUGCGCCAGCUCCAGUGCCUCCUC